UAGUAUUUAUAUGAAUCCAGCCACCCAAGAACUCAAACCAGUUUAUCAGGAAAUGGCAGAAGAGGUGAAGUUGUACGGAUAUGUUGAAGUAAGUCCAUUUGUUACAAGAGUUAAAAUUGCUUUGAAUCUUAAGGGAAUCAACUACGAGUUCAUCCAAGAAGAUCUGGACAACAAGAGUCCCGACCUUCUCAAAUACAAUCCUGUUUAUAAAAAGGUACCGGUGCUCCUACACAACGGAAAUCCGAUCUCAGAGUCUCUUGUCAUCAUCGAGUAUAUCGAUGAAGUCUGGAAAGGGGUUCCGAUUAUGCCCAACGAUGCUUACGAGAAGGCUCAGGCUCGAUUUUGGUCCACGUUCAUUGCUGAUAAGUGUCAUCCUGCACUAUUCAAGGCUAUUGGCAGCCAUGGAGAGGAGCAAGCGGUUGCGGAAGCCCAUGAGCUACUGCAAUUUCUGGAAAAUGAGCUAAAUGUGAAAGGCACCAAGUUUUUUGGAGGUGACAACAUCAACCUAGUUGAUAUUUGUGCUGGUUACAUAGCCCAUUGGGUUGUAGCAGCUGAAGAAGCAUUAGGAAUAGAGGUGGUGACCAAAGAUAAGUUCCCAAAAAUAGCAGAAUGGUGUGGUAACUAUAUUAACUGUCAAGUUGUCAAAGAUUGUUUGCCUCCAAGAGAAAGAGUUGUUGCUUAUUACAAGGGGCGGUUUGGUAAGGCGUGAUACGGUUAUAAAUUUGUGGUUAUGAAGUUGAAGCUUCUCUUGUAAGACAUCCAUCGAUGUUUCAAUAAGCAGCUUGUAGAUGCUGAUUUGUCUUGUUGUACUAUGUUGUUUGUAACCUAUUCGGUGUUUAUGAUGUUGUUGAAUCUU